AUGGCCGAUCAUCAAUCUUCACAGCCUCAGACAAUGGACCCUCCUCAGCAGGCACCACCGAGUAUCCCCUCCCCCGCCCUAUCCACGCCCGGAUCCGUUCCCAUGAUGAACUCGCCAGUCCCCCUACUCCGCCCUGCCAUUCCCGGUGGCAGGUCCGGCGGCGGUGCCCGAACACCUAGACUCGGUCUCGCGAUUCCUCCCUCGCCAAAUGCAAAGCCAGUCGGCGGACAGCCGCCUCAGCCUGUAAACUCGCGACCUCCCCUCCCGACUCUGCACCUGGCCACUCCAAAGGGCAGCCAGACGACACCCUACGAGCAGCCAUCGAGAGCGGCAGGCGUAGGACAGUCAGCGAGCGGUGGCAGUGAGAGCAGCGCCGCCCAUUCGAGGUCGGGCAGCUUCGGCCCUCUGGACGGCCGUGCUAGCAAUCCCACAUCAGCCGGCUCUCAAUACUCGGCGCUAUCCUUUGCUUCACAGUACGGCUUCCCAGCGAGGCCUCAAGGAACUCCGGAUCCGUCAUCCGCCGUAGGCUCCAUAUACUCUGAGCGGAGCGAAGGCGGAGUUGGCAUGGAGCGAGAUAACAGCCUGCAGGGGCUCGAGGGCUUCGACAAGCUAUCAUUGGAGCGGGGUAGAACACUGGAUGUGGAGGAGCUCGACUCGGACGGCUGGAGGGUUGCGAGUAUGGAGAACCGGAUCGAGGAGCUCGGCAGUCUCGGCGAAGGUGCCGGCGGAGCCGUUACGAAAGCCAAAUUGAAGGGUGGAAAGACCACCUUCGCCCUCAAGGUCAUCACCACAAAUCCCGAUCCCGACGUCAAGAAGCAGAUUGUGCGCGAACUGGGAUUCAACAAGGAGUGUGCAUCGGAACACAUCUGCCGCUACUAUGGCGCCUUCGAGGACUCGACGACGGGCACCAUCUCGAUCGCCAUGGAGUUCUGCGAAGGCGGCUCCCUGGACAGCAUCUACAAGGAGGUGAAGAAGCUCGGCGGCCGUACCGGCGAGAAAGUUCUGGGCAAGAUCUCGGAGGGUGUGCUCCGCGGACUGACGUACCUGCACGGUAUGCGUAUUAUUCAUCGAGAUAUCAAGCCGUCCAACAUCCUGCUCUGCAGGAACGGAGAUGUCAAACUCUGCGACUUUGGUGUUUCGGGCGACUUUGGCACCAAGGGAGAGGCAAACACCUUCAUCGGCACCAGCUACUACAUGGCCCCCGAGCGUAUCACCGGCCAGUCGUACACCAUCACUUCCGACGUCUGGUCAACAGGCGUCACUCUGCUGGAGGUGGCGCAACACCGGUUCCCGUUCCCGGCCGACGGUACCGAGAUGCAACCGCGAGCCGGAUUGAUCGACCUCCUAACCUACAUCGUCCGGCAACCGAUACCGAAGCUCAAGGAUGAACCCGAUGCCAACAUUUUUUGGAGCGACAACUUCAAGUACUUUAUCGAGUGCUGUCUCGAGAAGGAGUCUACUCGAAGAGCAAGCCCCUGGAGGAUGCUCGAGCAUCCGUGGAUGGUUGAGAUGCGGUCGAAACGUGUCAACAUGGCGAAAUAUCUCGCCCAGGUUUGGGGUUGGGACACCAAAUAA